AUGGACUCCCCCACCAAUCCUGGGAGGAGUGGCAUGGGAACCCCAAGGCCUCUCUUUCGAGACACAGAUAUGGGAGCGAUCCACAAAGCUGCCAGCGUGGGCAACGUGCGGAAAGUGAAGAAAAUCCUAUUGUUCAGGAAAAGUGGCCUGAACGAUAGGGACAGGAUGAGCAGGACUGCUUUGCAUGUGGCCUGUUGCAAGGGCCAUCCGAGAGUGGUGAGACUGCUAACACGCAGACAUUGCCUAUUGAACCUCUGUGACAUUGACAACAAAACAGCUCUCAUUCAUGCUAUACAAUAUGACCAAGAGGAAUGUGCAACCAUUCUUCUAGACCAUGGUGCCAAUCCAAAUGUAAUGGACAUCCAUGGCAACACUCCUCUUCACUAUGCUGUCCUUGGCCACAAUACAGCGAUAGUGGAAAAGCUACUUUCCUGUAUGGCAAAUAUGGAAGCAAGAAAUAAGGAUGACUUCACACCACUUUCACUUGCUAAAUAUGAAAACAGAGAGAAAAUGGUGGAAUUUUUAGUAACUAGAGCUUCAAAAAUCAAUCACAUGGAAAGCGAACAACAACUACCUUCGAAAUAUAAAGAAGAAAGACCUAUAAGAUCUUCUGAUGGUAGCAAUCUUGCUGCAGAUCUACAGGAAUCUCCAAAACAAGCACUGAGCAAAACAAAAUCAAAGACAGAGUCUCGAUGCAUGAAAUUGGUGCAAUGGAUCCGGCACCCGCCGUUUUGGAGGCUGCCUCGGCCCCCGCCCGCCACAACAGCAGUCUCUGCCUCGGCCACUGCUGCCAUGGCUUCAUCCGGAAGGUCAUCUGGAAGCUACGACCUUUGCCUAGUUGUAUGA